GUAGGACUCCAGUCUUUACCAGUUAUAUAGUUUUAAGUUUCCAGUUUACAAAGCACAAACAUACAUAAAUGUCGGACAGCGAUUCGGAUCCCGAGGAGGAGUUAUUUCACCGCGCCGCCGACCAUGUGACCCGUCAGACAAAUGUUCUCAGCUCCACAGACCUCCUGGCUUUAUAUGCCUAUUACAAACAGGCCCUGGAGGGUCCCUGUGAGGGGCCCUGUCCCAGCCUGCUCCAACCGAAGGCUCGUAGCAAGUGGCAGGCGUGGCAUAAUCUUGGUAAGAUGACUCCCUCUGCAGCUCGCCAGGCGUAUAUACAGAAACUUGAGACGCUUCAGCCCGAAUGGAAGUCUUCGUCGAAAGAUAAGAGCCGAACCGGCUGGGUAGUGCACUCCAUAGAAUCGGCACCAAUUGAGGAACAGCGUUCCGAGAGCGACAAAACCCUCUUCGAUCACGUCAAGGAGAACAAUUUGGAUAAAUUGAGAGAGCUGCUAUCCCCUGGCAACUUGCUGGCGCUGGACGAGAACGGCAUGUCUUUGUUACACUGGGCCACCGAUCGCAAUGCUGUCGAUAUCAUCAAGUUCCUGGUGCGAAGCGGUGCCAGUGUGGACCAGCGGGAUGCGGAGCAGCAGACGCCGUUACACUAUGCCGCCAGUUGCGGUCAUCUGGAGGCGCUAAAAUGUUUGCUGGCGCUCCAGGCCGAUCCGGAGCUAUACGAUUCCAAUGGCCAGACCUGCUAUGAUGUGGCUGAUGAUGAGCAUAUAAGUGGAGUUCUGCAGGCGGAGCGACAGCGCUUGACCGAAUCCGAGUCCGUCUCGUAAAUGCUAUUAAAUUGCAAGUGUAACAUUUUCAAUUUCCAUUUAAAUACAUGUCUAAAAAAUA